AUGAUUGCUCUCGUAUGCGGCUUGGGGAAUAAAACGGUCUUCGAACAGCAUACUACCAAUAAUGGCUUCUGCCAACCACCCCGUCAUCAGUUACCGAAGUUAUCAAUGGGCACAAAGAUGAAUGUUGUGAUCGUGCUUGUGCUCGGUGCCGUCUGCCAGGCGCAGGAGCAACUCUGGGAGGAACAAGCCGCGCUUCUCGGGAGUGAUGAACGGCAGCACAGACUAAUAACCUCUAAUUCAGGCGUUUACAAGUGGUUUAUGUCCUUAGACGAUAUGCCCAAGGGCAUUCUGAUUGGGUUGGCAAUGACAACAGUAGCCAUCCUGUCUGGGUUUUUUAUUGUUGCGACAAUGCUCUACCUUACUGACGUUACCGGGAACUCCCCAAAGAUUGAUGAGAAGAAGGCCUUUGGCAAGAAAGGAGAGACUGAAGAACUCGCGGGGGUUGUGAAAACCCCCGUUGAUGGUGAGGCAUCCGGAGCGACUGAGGCGCUGACCGAGGUUGCCCGGAAGCUCCGUAGUCACGCGGCUGCAGAGCGUGCGGAAGCAGCUUCGCCCAAGGCGUCCUAA